UGGGUCAUGAACAUGAAAACAAACCCAGUCAUGCUGAGGAAAUUGUUUUGGCCUUAGGGGAGAGAGAGAGAGAGAGAGAGAGUGAGGAAGAGGGAAAGAGAGACAGAUGCAUAGUCCUCUAGCAGGGAAACUCCCUGUUUGGUCUUUUUCAAAAAGCAGACGACGGACAAAAGAGUGCACCCAGCAGGCAUUCAGCGCAGCCCGAAAACACAAGGUCGCUCGGCCGUGGUUUUAUUUUGAGCAGGACCAGGACAUUGCAGUUCAUCAUUUAUAAUGCUUUGCCAUCGGUGGGGUUAGUGAAGAAAGAAGAGGCACAACGACUGCAUCUUUCUCAGCUGUUGAAAUUAGGUGACACAUUUUAGUAUUUCAGGAGGCAAAGGAAGCUACAGCCUGAAAACUCCUGGAGGCGAUCAAAGAAGACAAUUUGAAGGAGAUAAAAUAUUGUCUUAGGUAACGAUGCAAGCUGAAGGAAACCAACAGUUCAACUCUGUCUUGUUUAUAUUGGCCUCACUGGUUAUGCUGGAGGUCUGGAGCGCCCAGGGCUGUCGAAUUGGCUCAGGGUCAGAGUGUGAGAAAGCCCUCUAUGUGCCGGGCCAUAACCUGGCAGGGGAGGGUUUUGAUGUGGUGCGGAUGCGUAGAACAGGGGCGUAUGUCAUAAAUGUCAAAGGUGCUUUGACUGGCAACCAGACCUGUAUACUGUGUCCAAACCGCUUCCAAAAUGGACAGAUUCAGAAGCUUCCAGCAGCUGUGCUCGACUGGCGUCCCUUCAGCCGCUGCAGUAAGCAGCUCUCCAGCGCCCUUCACCACUCUGUGGACUCAUUGCUGCGCAGCUCCAACUCUGUAGUUAACAACAACUGGGGCCUGGGUUUGAAUUUGGACCAAAUCGGGAAGGCGGUGCUUGGGGGAAGUGGCUCUGAUUUGGCAAAGUUUGCUCGUUCGCAGCACAGUGUGGACAAGGCCACGUUUGCCAUCCAUGAAAUCAGUUGCACCUACUACAGCUACAGGCUCGCUGACCAUCCCCAGCUGAGCUCAGAGUUCACAAAGCAUCUGAAGAGACUCCCACAGAGCAUGAACACAAGCCAGGACAGAGCCCUCUAUAGACGGCUGAUAGACACCUAUGGAACUCACUAUAUACACCAGGUCCAUCUUGGUGGUAAGGUGAGGCGUAUCACCGCAUUUAGGACCUGCUUGGCCACACUAAAAGGUUUUUCUGAAAGAGAGGUUAAAAACUGCCUGAACAUCGAACUCCGAAUGGCUCUUGGUUUUGUCCCCGGGAACGCCUCCUAUUCCAACAAAUGUGACGACCUCCUGAAGGGUAACAUGAGCAUGGGCUUCUACCAAGGCUUCAUGACCCAUAAGAUUGAGGUUAUCGGAGGGGAGAGGUACUUUCCUGACAUCCUGUACCAGCAGGACCCGUCUGAAGCGUACCACAGCUGGAUGAACAGCCUCCACGACAACCCUGAUGUGGUGUCUUACGCCAUCUUUCCUCUUCAUCAGCUGGUGGAAGACCCGCAGAUCAGUGAUAACCUGAGACUCACGGUGUCUCAGUAUAUCCGAGAGAACCAGCUGAAAGAAGACCAGGUCGGUUUGAGGAACUGCUCCCCAACGCCGAACCUGGACCACAACUGCUGUCCUCUCCGGGCAGGCAGAGGAAGUCUGCGACUGGAGAUCCACAGAGCUGCAGGUCUGUGGGCCGACACCUUCACAAAAACAGACGCCUACGUGAAGAUCUUCUACAACGGCAUGUACGAGGAGACCGAGACGGUGAUGGACAACAAUGACCCAGUUUGGAAUUCAACUUAUGACUUUGGAUCAGUGGAACUGGGUCAGGAAAUGAGGUUUGAAGUCUGGGAUAGAGAUGUGAUUUAUAAUGAUGUGGUGGGUCGAUGUGUAGUCUUCCCUGAGCGAGGAAGUCGCUCUCUAAGUUGUCAGCUGAAAAAAGGAGUUCUCUAUUUCAGCUACACAAUCAUUUGUGAUGCUCACUUGACAGGCUUUAGGUGCGGACGAUACUCCCCCACUGCUGAGUAGACUUUCACAAGUGUGAGAGUAGACUUUCAUGUUAGAUACAUAAUGUUGAACUUUCAAGUGUUAGAUUUUUUUUUUUUUUUUAACGAGAUGUUGUAAUCUUAACUGAAAACAUUUGCCAAACUUUCUAAUUUUCUCACUCACUAAAAAAAAACAACCUUUCAGUGUUAUUCCUAAGAAGAGAAACAGAUGUUAACAUUUUAGUAUGAAUUCAGCAAAGGCAACAUCCUCUGCAACCAUUGUACAAAGUGAAAUAAAAGGAUUUAGCUUUGUCAUGUGA